AUGGUAAAAGAAAAAUCUCUACCAACUGUAAAUGCUGAUGUCUGUAUCACUUCUAGUGGCUGUUCACGUGAAAUUAAUAACAGUCAAAGAAAUGUUAAUCAACCAACCGCGGACUUUAACCAUGACCCUCCAGUGUCUGAAAUGAAUAAUCAGUCAAAUGAAUCAAUUGAAGCAGUACAGCUCUCAAUUUAUUUUACCAAAGAACGAGCAGCUACUCAAAUCACUCAAGCGACCAAUGAUAACAACAAUAUAAAACCAAAUCCGGCAAAUCGUUUGUCUCAGCAGCUUCCCAACAAAACAAUAUCGAAUGGUUAG